AUGAACAAUUCCAAAGCCAACCUGAAAGCAGCUAGAGAAGCAAUAGGAAAGAAGGAUUUUGAAGAAGCCAUAAAAUGUUGUAAUCGUAUUACUUUAUGGGAUUCUGGAAACUAUAACGCCUAUGUCUUUUUAGGUGUUGCUUAUGCUGGUCUCAACAAUACAGAAGAAGCUGAGAAAGCUUAUCAACAUGCUAUUGAAAUCAAUUCAGAACAACUAUUAGCUUGGCAAGGAUUGGUCAGUUUAUAUGAAAAACAAGACAAUUAUCAAGCAGUUUUACAAACGAUAGAUCUCAUUUUACCCAAACUGAUAUCAAGUAAUGAUGGCAACCGAGUGGCAGAAUAUCUUAACAAAAAACUGGACAUUUAUGAAAACAAACAACCUGACGAAUCAAAGUUCAUUAACACUUUGAAACUAUUUUUACCCAACAGCACUUAUUAUGAUCUCAUCAAGAACUCAAGUAAUUUGCCUUCGACUACAAAGAUAUACACCAAUUUGAUUAUGAUUGCUGAAAAAAGUGCUACCAAAGCCAUCGAAUCUGGCUUCAAGGAUCGACGUCUUCGAGCAAGUGCUUCACCUAAUGUCACAGCAACUACUCUUCUUGAACAAGUGGAAGCAGAUGUUUAUAGCAAAUCUGAUCUCGCCAGUCUCUAUGAAACAUUAUUACGGCAAGACGAUACCUCAAUCGACACACAAGACGUACAAGUCAAGCUAUUGGAACUAUAUCGAAAACAAUUACCUGCCCUUCCAAGCAAAACUGAUGUUUAUGGUAAAAUAUCAAAUCUGGUCCAUUCAUUGGUAGCUCAAGAAGUCAAUAACCCAUUACCAUAUGAAAUAUCUAUGGAAUUCACUGAUGUAUCACGUUUUGAUGAUUAUAAUCAAGAACUCAUUGAUAUUCUUGUGAAUCGAUUCAACUCAAAUGGAACAUCCAAGAUCAUACAGGGUUAUCGAAAAUACAAUGAAGGGCAAAUAGAUGAAGCAUUUGAUUUGUUCGGGGAAGGACUAGAAUUGAGACCUCAAAGUUUGUGUGGUUAUCUCUGUCUUUGUUGGAUUUACCAUGACUCAAAUGAAUAUGAAACUGGUUUGGAAUAUGCUACUCGUGGACGUGAGCUUGUACAAAAGUUCAUCAAGGAUGCUGGUCAACCCAUGGAAAAGAUGAUGCUGUCUAUGGAUUUGUGUAUGGCACAUUGUUAUAGACAAUUGGAUUCAAAAUAUCACCCUGAUGCAUUGGAUAUCUAUAAGCGAAUCUUAACUAAAUCAUCUGACCAAAUUGGUGCUCUGGAGGGAGCUGGUGUUAUCUUGUGUGAAGAUCGAAAAUACGAUGAAGCUCUGACUUACUUUGAAAAGGUGCUUGGUUUGGAUCCUCAACAACAUAUGGCAUUGGCAGAAAUUGGAUGGAUCUAUGCGCAAAAACAAGAUUAUGAUAAGGCUAUUCAUUACGUAUCUCAAGCUAUUGAAUUAACUCUUGAUAAAGAUGUGGCUGAUUACUAUUACAAACUUGGCCGGAUAUACUGGAUGAUGGAAGGAAAUUAUCGUACUGAUACAAAUUAUGCAUUCAAGUAUUUUAUGUUGGCUGUCAAGCGUGAUUCGGAAUUUGCCAACGGUUUUGCAUACUUGGGGCACUACUACCGUGAAAUUCAAGGCGACCAUGUGCGUGCCAAAAAGUGUUAUCAAAAAGCAUUCUUGUUAAACCCAUUGGAUGUGGAAACGGCGUUACUUCUCAGUGAUUACUAUGUAGCAGAUGAUGAUCAUACUCAAGCUCAAGAUGUGUUCCGACAAGUGGCUAAUACUAACCCCAAAGCUGGUUGGGCAUGGCGACGUUUGGGUUAUGCGAAUAUGGAUUCCAAUGAUUAUGAAGAAGCAAUCAACUGUUUCCAAAAAGCUUUGCGUAAUGAUACCAGUAAUGUUCGCUGUUGGGAAGGACUUGGCGAAGCAUAUGCACACGAAGGACGUUAUGUGGCUGCACUCAAAGCAUUUGAAAGAGCAACAACUCUGGAUCCUUUAUCUAUUAAUGGCAACCAUCAAAAGGCACUAGUGAAACAAAAGGUAGGUAUGCUUAAUGUGGCCUUAUCCGAAUUCAAAGCAACUCUGCUACUGGCUCAAGAACAAGGAAAAGGGAACUACUUGCCAUCAUUGAAAGGACUCGCGGAUACUUAUUUGGAAUGUGCAAAAGAAGAUUUUCAGCAAGGAUUUUUUGGACGUGCUGUCACUGGAUGUGGGGAUGUUAUUCAAACAUGUUUACAAGGACUACAGGUGGAUCCAUCCAUUCUUGGUUUUUGGAAAUUGAUUGGUGAUGCAUGUUGCAUGUAUAGAUCAAUGCCUAGUUAUCUCCAUUUAUGCGCAUAUCCUGCAUUACAACUUUUAAUGAAAGAUUUUGCAAUCAAGGCUCAUCAAACACUAGGAUUCAACGAUGAUCACUGCUCUCAACUGGUGGAUGAAUUUGUACAAUUAGAUGUCUCACAAGAUGAUUUUUAUUUACCACCUCAAGCUUCUUUGGACGUGGUACUGGCAUGUGCUUCCUUUGCUUACAAGCAAGUCAUUGUUCUUUGUCACAAUCAUCGUGCUAUCUCCCCUGCUUUCUGGCAUGAUCUUUCAUUGGUCUAUUACUGGGUGGGCGAGAACAAUUUGGAUCAUCAAGAAUCUUGUACUGCUGUGAGUACCAAAUGUAUUCAAGUUGCAUUGACUUUGGAACCUACUCAAGCCACCUAUUGGAACGCAUUGGGUAUCAUUACUAUGAAGACAUCACCGAAAAUUAGUCAACAUGCAUUUAUUAAGGCUAUGGAAUACAAUAAUAGGUCCGCAGUACCAUGGACAAAUUAUGGAUUUUUAUGCUUAUCACUCAAGGAUUAUGAAUUGGCAAACCAAGCAUUCGAAACAGCCCAUGCUCUUGAUCCUGAAUGGAUUAAUGCUUGGGUAGGACAAGCUUAUGUUGCAUCAGUAUGGGGAACCGAAGCCACCGCAAUAUUUCAACAUGCAUUUGAAUCAAGUAAUGGAUCAGCUCUGGAAGCUAGUUAUGGAUAUGCGAAUACUGUUUAUCGUCAACUUUCAAAUCAACAACAAACAAGUACUAUGGCAAAUAAUACGAUUGUGAUAUCACCAGCGUUUGCAUUACAAAAGCUGACGGAACAAAGAUUGAAUGAUGCAUCAGCAUUGAAUUUACUGGGUUUACUAUCAGAACGAUUGGGUCAACAUCAACGAGCAGCAGAAGCUUUCGCUGGUGCAAUCCUAGCAUUGGAAGCCAAAAUGGAACAAUCUGGUAUGAAUGGGGAUGAAGAAACGACCCAACGAUUGGCCAAGCUACAUGCUAAUUUGGGACGGACAUUAUGUGCUACGGGUGAUUUUGCAGGCGCUAUUGACAAUUAUCAGAUAGCUCUUCAACAAGAAUCCAUGUCAAGUCGUAUUUACUGUCUUUUGGGUGCUGGAAUUGCUCAUUAUUUCUUGGAUCAAUUGGAAGAAGCGUUACACAUGUUUGAACUGGCUUUGAAUGAAACAACGACUGAUGUGAAAUUACGACAAGAUGUGGUGGUACUUUUGAGUAAAGUCUUAUGGGCAUUAGGUGGUGAUGAACAACGUGCAGUUGCCAAAGAUCAAUUACUUGGAUGUAUCGCUGAUUCUCCUCAGUAUCUCCCUGCCAUCUUCUCAUUAUGUGUCAUGGGUAUUCUUGGAAAUGAUUCUACACUUACAACAGCUGCUUUGGAUGAACUGAUCAAAUUGCCAUCUGAUGUUGCAUUUGAUGAUGACAAAGAACAAUGGAUAUCUUGGAUCUUUUCUCGUUAUCAUAAACUUCAGGGUGAUGAUCAUCAUGCCAUUCAAUCCUUGUUGAAAAAUGUUCAUCAAUUACCAUGGUUAGCAUCUUUGUGGAGUCGAUUGGGAUCUGAAGUAGUGACAGACAAGGAUAACAUUAACAAGCGGACUUUGACAUCGAUUGCUUUGGUGAUGGAUCGACAACAACAAUCAUCAACAGAUAGUCAAGCACAAAACUAUGAAAACUCAGCGAUCGUCAAUCAAUCACAGCGUGAGGCACAACGUGCUAUUCAUAUUGCACCUUGGAGAUUACAAUCCUGGCAAAGCUUGAUUACCAGCAACAAACAAUAAAAGGAAUGAUUCUCUUGGAUUCAACACUUCUUUGGAUGGUUACACCAAUUUAUUCUUCUUGCUUUCUUGUCAUUUAUUGUUAUCGUUUACUAUUUUGUGAUAGAUUAUUGUUUAAGGAUAGCUUUUAUAGAUUUAGAUUUAGAUUUGAAUUUUUUUUUUGUUGUUGAUUUUUCAAUAAAUAUAUGCUUCAACAAUUUUUUUUUUUU